AUGUUGUCCAAUCUGAACAUAAUUUUGGACAACCACCAGUACGAAAUUCUUUGCAGCAUCACUCUAUUCACUAUCUUCAUUGUAAGAUAUUCUUUCCUCGACCGUAAUGGAAAGUACCCGUUCUUGAACCCAAAGAAAGCCUUCGAGCUUACGACCAAUCGUGUUGUCAGCGAGUUCAUUGGCGACAGCAAGAAUGUCCUCGCUAAAGGCAGAGCUUUGUACAAAGAUCAACCUUACAGGGCCAACACAGAUUGGGGAGAAGUCGUCAUCAUACCUCCCCAGUUUCUCAGCGAACUGAAAAGUCACAAAGACUUGGACUUCCAAACUCCCGCCGAGGAUGACUCUCAUGGAUAUAUCCCCGGGUUUGAACCCUUCCAUGGCGAUCCCAACAUUUCCAAGGUUGUGAACAAACACUUAACGAAAGCCUUGACCAAGGUCACUGGACCUUUGUCGGAGGAAGCAUCAUUGGCAUUCCGUGAUGUUUUUACCGAUUCAACAGAGUGGCAUGAGAUGCAACCGUCUCAAGACUUUAUCCGUAUUGUGUCGCGCAUGUCUUCUCGAGUCUUCAUGGGUGAAGGCUUGUGUCGCAACGAAGAAUGGGUAAAGCUUUCAGCUGACUACACUGUUCAAGCUUUCAUGACAGGUGAUAUUCUACGAACGUAUCCUCGAUGGGCUCGACCAUAUGCUCAUCAUUUUCUACCGUCUUGUCAAACGCUGAGGUCCACACUUGAAGAGGCACGACAAUGCUUAAAGCCAUUUCUGGAACAACGCAACGCUAUCAAGGCUGAAGUAAUGGGAAAGGGGAAGCCGUGUCCAUUUGAUGAUUCUAUCGAAUGGUUCAAACAAGAAUACGGGCAGCACGAUCCCGCAAUUUCUCAGAUAUCAUUGUCACUCGUGGCCAUACAUACCACUACCGAUCUGCUUACGGAAACGGUAUUCAACAUUGCUCUUAAUCCCGAGUUGUUCGAACCGCUUCGUCACGAGAUAAUCAGCGUUAUAACCACCGAUGGACUGAAGAAGACUGCCCUUUACAACUUGAAAUUGAUGGAUAGCGUUAUAAAAGAGUCUCAGAGACUUAGACCGAUUAUAAUAGGCAAGUCUCACUUGAUGCUUCUACCAGAUUAA